GAAGAUAACAACAAUGAAGGACCUAAUGAGUGAAACUGAGAAAAUGGGAGACCCAAACAGAUUCCCUGAGGACAUUGAAAGCUUGGUAGACCAAAGGGAAUUGUUUAAAAUUCAUCUCAAGAAAAGGGCUGAAGAAAGUUUCUAUAGAGGCACACUAUCGUUGGGAGUGAGUGGUUCUUCUGGAACGGAGUGUGAUAAUUCUACAGCAAGAAAGGGAAAAGGAGUUGUUGUUCAAGUCAAGGAUGUGGGACCAAUCGAGGUGAUAGAUUCCCCACUGCCAAGUACACAAAGAGAUGUUGUUCUAGAACAAACGACCAAAUUAAGAGGAACCUGAUCGACGAGUUUUCUGCCAUUGGAGUUGGAAAAAUGCUAAAGAUAAAAAUCAAAGAAGAGCCACUUUGAUUCAGUUGAUGACUUUGAUUCUUUAAGACAAUUUGUUUGAAUGCUAUGUUUUGUCUCUUUAUCUUUUCGGUCCACAAACUACUAAGUGGCUAAAU